AUGCACAUCCAAGAAGAGACCGGUUAUGCCAUCUCCCUCUUUCCGCAGUCCGAGACGAUCUGGUUCCUGCCACCGCUAAGCGCUACUCUCGCGCGCCCCAGAACGUGCCAGCUUCCACCGUACCUUGCGCUUGCGAGCGACCGGACUGCUCUCCCGUUUUACGAACGUCCCCCAGAGUGGGGAGCCUUCCACUUGGACCAGACUGUAGUCCUUGUCCUGAAGGCGCACAUUAUGACUGAGGCGUUGAUGCGCAUCAUGGCUCGCGACGAUAAAACGAAGCUUGGCGCGCAUGUGGUGCAGCACUUCCCCUUCAUCCCUAUACAUGCCGAAAAGCUCGGCUUCCUGGAUCUCGACCUUCUCCCCGAGCCGUUCAAGAAGAUCUACGAAGAUUUCAGGGACGGGCCGCCGACUACGAAGCCCUUACAGAGGCGGCGUCGCGGGUGA